ACGAUCUAGAGGCUGGUUUGCUAAUUUCAGCUCCCAAUCCCAAAUAAAACAACAUCGUUUUUUUUUUCCUUGAAACUAUACAAAGAACUAAGAAUAAGAAACGGACAGACAUCAAGACCCUUUCUCCUUUACGCCCUCAAUGGCUGCCUGCAUUAUCUCUCGCGCCACCGCCACAUUCGUUCUAUUAUCCCUGGUUCUCGCCGUCGUCCUCCGCUCCUCCUAUGCCACCGAUGCCACAUGCAGCAGGAAUUGCAUUGCAGAGCAUUGUGAUACGUUGGAUAUUAAAUACGGCAAGUAUUGCGGGGUAGGUUAUUUCGGUUGUCCUGGUGAGAAACCAUGCGAUGGGCUUGAUGCUUGUUGUAUGGGCCAUGACGAAUGUGUCACCGUAUUCGGAAUGACUCACGUCAAAUGUCAUAAGAGAUUAAAGAACUGCCUAAUCAGGGAGCAGAAAACUAGGAAUGUUGGAUUUUCUAAGGAGUGUCCCUACAAUAGAGCUGCGCCUACUAUGAUAAGAGGCAUGGACUUGGCCAUUUUGCUGAGCCAAUUGAAUGAAACAUUUCAUGAUUAGUUCUAACAAAACUUUAACCGUUUAGUAAAUGUUGUACACUAUUUGUCAUUAACAAAGUUUUCUAGAUUCAUGAAAUGUUGAUCUUAUAUGAUGCACUUGUUGAGCCUGGCUACGCCAAUUUAUUCUAAUAUGUUGUAAUUUAAUUUAUGA